CAAAUCCUCUCUCUCUCUCUCUCUCUCUCUCUCUCUCUCUAGUUAUUACUACCUCCAUCAUAUGGCCUCUUCCUCGAUGAUCAAGCUCUCUUACCAAAAGCUCCACAAACUCCCCACAACCUCAGAUGAUCAUGAGCCCUCUACACUAACAAAGAGAAGCAGCAGCAGCAGCAGCAGAAGAAGAAGAAGCAAUUGGCUAAGGUUAGACAACGGCGUCGGCAGGAGAAGGCGAUGGCACCGCCCGAGAGUGACGGUCGCAGGCCUGCGCAGGCUUAUAAGGAGAAAGGCGAUGGCGGUGCGCAGCGCGGUGGCGAAGGUGGCGAGGAGGUUGAAAGAAGGGCGGCCCUACGCCGCGGAGCUCUUCGCCGGAAACUACAUGUUCAUGCAAGUAGGCCCCUCACCGACGGCGACGACGACGACGACGACGGCGGCGAUGGCGACGGCGAUGAUGAUGGGCUUCUCGCAAAAGCAGUUUUCGACGAGCCACCAUGCCCAGCAACAGCACCGUGGCUCCUUCCCACAGCACUAUUCUGCAAGGUUUAGCUACUGAGGUUCCAGCUGAUAUACCAAGGAGACUAGCUGAUUAUAAGUUUAAUUAAAUAACUCUUUUCGAAUUUUGUUGAUAAGAAAAAGAGGGAGAAUAUGAUAGAGUUGUAAGGAGUUGAGCUCGGUGUAAGAGCAUUUGUGCUCGUGACAUUUUAAUAAUUGAAUUAUCUUAAGAUUUAUGCAA